CACACACAGUGCAUGUCCUGUCUGUUUCGUGACACUGCUGUCAGUGCGGCAGUCGGCGCUCGAUUGCUUUCGUCUGGAGGGACCAUGGCAGACUCGGAGGAUAAUGUUACAGUUCCUGAGUUCAGCUGCCUUCUCCAAAUGGAUCCCUAUCUAAAAACGUACGAGAAGGACUUCAGGAGGAGGUACGAGUUGCUGCAGAAGCAGCUUUUCCAACUGGAGGGUGCAGAAGGAGGCUUUGACCAGUUUACACGCAGCUACAACUCCUUCGGUGUGCAGCGUCGGCCUGACAACAGCUUGAUUUUUAAGGAGUGGGCUCCGGCUGCCGAGGCCCUCUUCCUCACCGGUGACUACAAUGGCUGGGACAAAUUCUCCCACCCUUACACCAAGAAAGAAUUUGGCAAGUGGGAACUGAUUCUGCCGCCCAAGCAUGACAAGUCUCCAGCUGUGGAUCACAACACCAAACUCAAGGUGGUAGUUCACACCAAGCAGGGUGAGCGACUGUACCGGAUCUCACCAUGGGCAAAAUAUGUCACCAGGGAGGAGAAAUCUGUCAUCUACGACUGGGUUCACUGGGAUCCUCCUCAGCCUUACGUCCAAAUUCACCCUCGGCCAAAGAAGCCCGUGAGCUUGAGGAUAUACGAGGCCCACGUGGGCAUCGCUUCACCCGAGGGAAAGAUUGCCUCGUACACCAACUUCACCAUCAACGUGCUGCCUCGUAUAAAAGACCUGGGUUACAAUUGUAUUCAGCUUAUGGCCAUCAUGGAGCACGCCUACUACGCAAGCUUUGGAUAUCAGAUCACAAGUUUUUUUGCCGCUUCCAGUCGAUAUGGCACCCCAGACGAGCUGAAGCAGCUUAUAGAUGUGGCUCACUCGUUGGACAUCGUCGUGCUGCUGGACGUCGUUCACAGCCACGCCUCCAAAAACACUGAGGACGGCCUAAACUGCUUUGAUGGCUCCGACUCUUGUUUCUUCCACGCUCCACCAAGAGGGGAGCACAGCCUGUGGGACAGUCGCCUCUUCAACUACUCCAGCUGGGAAGUGUUACGGUUCCUACUGUCAAACCUGCGCUGGUGGAUGGAGGAGUACCGCUUUGACGGCUUCAGAUUUGACGGCAUUACCUCUAUGCUGUACCAUCACCAUGGCAUCGGCGUCGGCUUCUCAGGGGACUACAGCGAGUACUUUGGCCUACAGGUGGAUGAAGACUCUUUGGUUUACCUGAUGCUUGCCAAUCACAUUCUUCAUACCCUUUAUCCUGACUGCAUCACUGUUGCAGAGGAUGUGUCAGGGAUGCCUGCUCUCUGCAGAAGAGUGGAGGAGGGAGGACUUGGUUUUGAUUACCGGCUGGCUAUGGCCAUUCCUGACAAGUGGAUUCAGAUCCUGAAGGAGUUAAAGGAUGAGGACUGGGACAUGGGCAAUAUUGUCUAUACACUGACCAACAGGCGCUAUGGAGAGAAAUGCAUAGCCUAUGCAGAAAGUCAUGAUCAGGCUCUCGUUGGUGAUAAAAGUCUGGCCUUCUGGUUGAUGGACAAGGAGAUGUACACCAACAUGAGCUCACUGUGUGCCAUGACGCCAAUUAUCGACCGUGGCUUGCAGCUGCAUAAAAUGAUCCGACUGCUCACUCACGGCCUGGGUGGAGAAGGCUACCUCAACUUCAUGGGGAAUGAGUUUGGCCAUCCUGAGUGGCUGGAUUUCCCUAGAGAGGGGAACAAUCAGAGUUACCACUACGCCCGGCGGCAGUUUAACCUAGUGGAUAUGGAUCACCUCCGCUAUUGUCAGCUCUACGCCUUUGACCGGGACAUGAACCGUACUGAAGACAAGUACGGCUGGCUGGCUGCCCCACCUGCUUUUGUCAGCGCCAAGCAUGAAGAGGACAAGGUCAUUGUGUUUGACAGGGCAAAUGUGCUCUUUAUCUUCAACUUCCACCCCAGUAAGAGCUUCCAGGACUACAGGGUGGCUGUCGAAGUCCCAGGAAAAUAUAAAAUCAAGCUGGACUCAGAUGAAGCUCUGUACGGAGGUCAUGGACGCCUGGACCACAACACAGAGUUCUUCACAGAGGCCAAUCCUUUCAACGGUCGCCCCAACUCCAUGCAGGUCUACAUCCCCUGCAGAACAGCUAUUGUCCUGGCCAACGAGGAGAUAGAUUACUGUUAUUAGAGGAAGAUUGUCUCCACAGAGACCAGGAUCGAGAAUGGAUUCCAACCUCAAACUGAGUGUUAACAAUCACCUUCAUCUUAAAGUGUCAACCUUGCUCACCACCCAAACCCACUUUUUGUGUUCCAAGUCUUCUUUUUUUUUUCUUUCUAAAUGGGGAGGGAAAAUUGUGAGCUUGUGUGCUUUCAAACACCAUCUGCAACCAUAGAUGCUGUGUAACCCCAUUUACUACAGAUUGCUCCAUUUGGGAAGCAUCCAACCUAACCAGCAGCUAGAUGCUAAAACUUAAAACCCUGCCGAGUCCAUCCACCACUAGCCAGCAGCCAUUUAUAGGCUCUGUUGAAUUUGGCGUGUCAUCUGAAACACAUGACCGGAGACUGUGGCAGAGAGAAGCAAUACUGCAAGCAAACAUGAUAAAAAGCUCAGAGAAAAUGAGAAUAUUUCAGAAUGUUGUGUAUGUUAAAAUACAUUUUAUUUGGUUUUAUUAUUUUGAAAUAAUGUUAUGGUGUCCAAGACACAAAGUUAUUUACUGUAUUACCAGCACUUGUUGAUCAAAACGUCCAGGUAUCAGUCACUGGUGAUCCAUCCAUUUUAAUUUGUAAUGUGGGACAUUGUAAGUGUAAAAAUAUUGUAAUUUGCACAAAGUAAUAAGCUGCUUUGAAUUAUUACACUGUUAAUGGGUAUCUUAAACAGUUGUGUUGUAAUGGUUGAAUUUAUACAGCUACUGGGAGCAUUUAUGUGGUUAUUUAUGGCCCUGUUAUUAAGCCAGUAAUUUGCAGCGAAAGCGAAGUGAUAAAAUCACCUAAUUUGGUUUGUUCACAGUGAGUUGCAUAAUGCCCAAGUAACAUUUUUAUCUGAAUUAGGUUUUUUUUUCCACUUUGCACAAAAAAGUAAAGCAGUUUUCUCCCGCAGUAGAUCACAUUAAAGUAGUUUACGUCGUGAAUUUCACUAAACUCUGCUAAAGUCUAGUAAAAUAGGUUGACACUGAUGAUCAGCACAUCAGUUUGUGUGGGAGAAAGAGAGAAGGAAAAAUUCGCAGGUGCAGUUAUGACUCGCACAAUUGACAACUUUAAGAGCUGUGAUUUAUGUGUGCCAUGUUCAUUAGGUUCUGCAGCACUCCCCUGGGAUUAUUGCAGACGUUCCAGAAAAGCAGAGAAACAACCUUAAUUCACCCAGAGAACGAUAUGUGCCUCUUCCAAUUAGUUCAGACUUUUGUGACAUUUGUCUCAAUUCGCUUGAUGACUGAACAUCUCAAAGAACGACUGCAGUGCUCAUCCUGUCUUCCCUGUGUGAGAGGAUUAUUGAUUAACUAAAAUGUGUACAAACCGAAGAACAUCACUGAUGACAGGUGACUGUUUUUGUCACCGCUGAACUCACUCAGGCAACAUGUCAUUAAACUGAUUUUUCACACAAGAGGUUUCAUGUUUUCAGGGUGUGUUUGGCAAAUGACUGUGAUAAUUGAUGUGUUUCCAGCCUUUAUGUUCUUUUGUUCUCCCCAUGGAUGUCCUUUGGAUCAUUUUCAGUAUUUUCUGCAUGUUUUAUCAAAGCUAUACUGUUGUAAGUGAAACAAGAGCUGAUUUUGGGCAUCCCAGAUAAAAGCUAAUGCCUUGAUUUAC